AGUGCAAUCUCUCAGUGUAUUGCACAUGCGUCCAAUAGUUGUAUAAAAGUGCAAGGUCAAGGCCAUGCUAUACGUCUGUUGCAAGAAACUAUUAAUUAACCAUGGAUCUUAGAUUGUCACUGUCUUUACUUGUGCUUGUUGGCUCCAUUGGAGUGAUUACUGCCAUCACAAGUGAAACUGUUCCUACAAAGAUAGAUUGCUCUGUAGUUCGAUGUGGUCGACCCCUUGAAUGCAAUCCGGAGGACUUAGUCACUCCACCAGGCCAAUGCUGUCCUAUUUGCGGGCCAGACUGCUCCACUGUUCUGUGUGCAAAACCUCAAUGUGAAGAAAGAGAAGUUAUCGAAACACCUCCUGGUGAGUGUUGUCCUGUGUGCACUCGUCCAGACUGUGCAGCUGUUCUCUGUCUGGCCUUGACUGAUCAGGAUUGUGAUGAUGGUGAAUUAUUGGUCACCCCACCUGGUGAGUGUUGUGCCAGAUGCCAGCGAGACUGCUCUGCUGUGUCUUGCCUGAGGCCAGUGUGUGAGGAAGGAGAGAUGCUUGAAGUUCCUGAAGGAAAAUGCUGUCCAGUCUGUGUCGAAGAAGAAGUGCAAUGUGAAAUUGAAGGUCAAGUUUUCAGUGACUGUGCAUCCCCAUGCCCUAAAACCUGUGACUCUGAUCCUAAUCAAAUCUGUAUCACCCUGUGUGUACAAGGAUGCACCUGCCCUCCUGGACAAGUCAUUGACACUGUCAAUAAUAAAUGUGUGACAACUGACAUAUGCCCACCAACAGCUUGUGCAGUCGAGGGACAGGAAUUUAGUUUUUGUCCUGGCUGUGAUUCUACCUGUAUCGAUGCCAUCAACGAAGAGCUUCGAGUUUGCGCAGCAGUGUGCCGGCCUGGCUGUGGCUGUCCGGGAGCUGAAUUAAUUGACACCAUAUCUGGCCGAUGCGUUCCCAGGGAGGAAUGUACAAAUCCUUGUGCAUUAGUUGACUGUAAGCCAGGGUUUCGUUGCAAAGUGAACAAGACAACAAAUGAAGCAUUUUGUGCUCAGCCUGAGUUAUCAUGUGCUGAAGUGUCGUGCUUGAAGCCUGACUGUGAAGAGGGGGAAGUUAUCGAAACACCUCCUGGUGAAUGUUGCCCUGUGUGCACUCGUCCAGACUGUGCAGCUGUUCUCUGUCUGGCUUUGACUGAUCAGGAUUGUGAUGAUGGUGAAGUAUUGGUCACUCCACCUGGUGAGUGCUGUGCCAGAUGCCAGCGAGACUGCUCUGCUGUGUCUUGCGUGAGGCCAGUAUGUGAGAAAGGAGAGAUGCUGGAAGUUCCUGAGGGCAAAUGCUGUCUAAUCUGUGUCAAAGAAGAAGUGCAAUGUGAAAUUGAAGGUCAAGUUUUCAGUGACUGUGCAUCUCCGUGCCCUACAACCUGUGACUCUAAUCCUGACCAAAUCUGUAUCACCCUGUGUGUACAAGGAUGCACCUGCCCUCCUGGACAAGUCAUUGACACUGUUAACAAUAUGUGUGUGACAACCGACAUGUGCCCACCAACAGGUGUAGACUGCUCUACGGUACUGUGCCUGAGGCCAGAGUGUGAUAAAGGAGAAAUCCUGACAGUCCCAGAGGGAAAAUGUUGCCCAAUCUGUGUACCUGGUGUAGACUGUUCUGCGGUAUCCUGCCUGAGGCCAGUGUGUAAGGAAGGAGAAAUCCUGGAGGUUCCAGAGGGAGAAUGCUGUCCAAUCUGUGUACCUGGUGUAGACUGCUCUGCAGUGUCCUGCUUGAAGCCAGUGUGUGAGAAAGGAGAAACCUUGGAGGUCUUAGAGGGAGAAUGCUGUCCAAUCUGUGUACCUGGUGUAGACUGCUCUGCAGUGUCCUGCCUGAGGCCAGUGUGCGAGAAAGGAGAAAUCCUGGAGGUCCCAGAAGGAGAAUGCUGUCCAAUUUGUGUGCUUGGUGUAGACUGCUCUGCGGUGUCCUGUCUGAGGCCAGUGUGCGAGGAAGGAGAAAUCCUGGAGGUCCCAGAAGGAGAAUGCUGUCCAAUUUGUGUACUUGGUGUAGACUGCUCUGCGGUGUCCUGUCUGAGGCCAGUGUGCGAGGAAGGAGAAAUCCUGGAGGUCCCAGAGGGAGAAUGCUGUCCAGUGUGUUUUGAUCCCUGUGCUGUGGUUGACUGUGCACUAGGCUUUGCGUGUAAGGUGGACGUGCAAACCAACCGGCCCUUCUGUGAGCCAUCAUGUGAAAUCGGCAACGGAGGCUGUGCUAAGAACCAAAUUUGCCAGCUAACUGUUGUGCAAUGUGUGACUACGCCUUGCCCCCCUACAGUCAGUUGUCUAAGUAGAGAUGAGGUCUGCUCUUUGCCAGAAGAAGUGGGCCCUUGUGAAGCAUUGUUUCCACGCUACAACUACAAUUCUAUUUCUAGACAAUGCGAACCUUUCAUCUAUGGUGGUUGCCAGGGUAAUGCAAACAACUUUAAAUCCCUAAAUGAGUGCCGGAUGUUCUGUGGUACAAGAGAUCCCUGCUCCACAAUUAGAUGUCGAUCUGGUCACCGCUGUGAAAUAUUUAAGCCAACUGGAGAGCCGUUCUGCUCUCCUAAUUGCAGUUUGAAUAACGGUGGUUGCUCCAAGGGUGAGCUAUGCACUCUACAACAAGUUCAGUGUGUUCGUGCCCCGUGCCCACCUGUCGUCCAGUGUCUCAGUCGAUGCGCUGCCGUGAGAUGUCGAUCUGGUCAUCGCUGUGAAAUUGACAAACUGACUGGUGAACCAUUUUGCGAUCCAGACUGUAGUUUAGACAAUGGGGGCUGUCGUUCUGAUCAGAUUUGUGAGCUCAAACAGGUGCUCUGUGUACGUGCUCCCUGUCCUCCUGUUGCUCAGUGUUCCUGUCCUCCUCCCUGCUCAAAGGAGUUUUGUACUAACAACCCAAGAGGCCUGUGCUCAAGCAUCAAUUCUACCCUUGGGGGUCUGGAGAUUCCUGGAUGCACUGGAGCGUGCAGGCUGACCUACUGUAGGGUUUGCUUCUACAGUGGUAGUGGUAGUGAGGUGGUUCAACCAACAAAUUUGCGUCGAUGUCAACGUCGACAGUGCUCAAAUUUAAAUGACUACUCCAGACCGAGUGUAUGCUACCGGAAGUGGUCUAGGUGUGCUGGGAAACUCUGGAGGAGAGCAAAUUAUAUGCAGUCAACCUCCACUGAGCAUAUUCAGUGUCCCAGUCCUCCGUGUCCUCGAAAGGGAUAAUUGUUAUAAUAAUUAUCUAAUCCAGCUAUGUAAAAAAACUUUAUGAUUGUAGAUGAACAAAGCUGAUUUUAAAUAUAAUUCUGUAAGAACAUCAAGAUUAUAAUCAUCACUGGUGGAUCAUCAUAAGAUUGUUGAUGUCGUUGGGCAAAACUUAAUGUAAUGAUCUUUAC